GUCGUUGCUACUGACCCCAUUCGUGACGACUUAAAUGAUUUUGUGUAUGAAGUAUCUUGCUAUGCAGCACCUGAGUAUAGUGCUUCGCACAAUCGGAGGAGGCUUGCUCGGAAGCAGACGAACAGUCCACAUGAACUAAAGACAUCUGCCUGCGCCACCGGUAACACACUCUCAACUGGUGUUGAUGCGGCUGGACCAGUGUCCUGUCCGUCGGAGGGACACUUCCUCACCUUUCCGAUGCUCCGUACAGCCAACACCAAGGCAACCGGAGAGGGCAGAACAAGAGCUCGUCCAUCCGGUCAGAGGCUAGCAGCCUCGGCUCUGUCAAGCCAAUGCGUCAACAGUCCUGGUCUGGCAGUGGCUGCUUCGACUGCCCAAGCCGGAAGCAUGUUGUCAGCUGACACCAGCGGCGGCCAGUACAGUCGGAUGCCAGUCCAAGCGACCAAGGCCGGAAUAUUCCCUUCUGCAAAAGAGGCAUAUCUACACUCACAGCACCAGCUCCAGUUGCCGAGCCAACAUUCCGGCAGACUGGCCUCCAUUGCGUACACAUGCGGUACGAUGAGCUUUACCGCCGCAUCCUCCAUGAUUCGUGCUCACGAGAGCACAAGACAUGAUCAUAUGCGGCAAAGAGGAGAUAAUAGUAACCAUGGUCACUCUAGGUCACAUAAGGAGGUGGAGCGCUGA